AUGACCACCGAGCAGCCGCCGGCGAUGGACCUGAACUCGCCACCAUUCUCGCGGCUCUUCGUACUCUGCGGUAAGCAAAUUACGGUCGCGGCCCUCGAGGAGUUCUUCGCUCCGUACGGAACGGUGGAACAGUGCCACGUAGUGCACGACCAGUCCACCGGCCAGUCGAAGGGUAUCGGGUUCGUCAAGUUCCAGAAAACGUCCGAAGCGGCCCGGGCGCUCAAGGAAGCCGACGGCAAAACGAUCGAUCCCGAAACGAAACCCAUCAAGGUGGAGAUCGCCUCAAGUACGAUCGAGUCGAAACCUCUGGACUGUCUGCGGCUGAAGGUAAAGUGUUCGAUGGACCUGGACGCUGAAGCGGUGAAGACGGAGUUUAGCAAAAUAGCCGCCGUCAAUUGUGUACAGUUGGUUCCGGACAAAAAGUCUCCCGGUAACAACGUGGCCUAUCUUACGUUCGAAUCGUUCCUGGAUGCGGCCCUUGCCUACGAAACGGCCAAGCCGGACCAUAAGGCAAAGUUUGCAAAAAUCAAACCGCGCAAGGUGAGCCUCGAGACGCAGCCACCGGAAACGAAAGGCUUCUUCCGUCCCUUCACCAGACGCCGCUCGUCCGCGCUGAUGCCGCCCACCAAGUUGACCGUUCUGUGCAGCUCGACGCUGACCCAGAACCAAAUCUGGCGGCUGUUCGAUAUCAUCCCGGGACUGCUGAACUGUUCCGUGUCGCACGACGGCGGCUCGAUGGGAAUUGCCACCGUGACUUACAACAAUGCCCAGUCCGCCAAGUACGCCCGUGAAAAGCUGCACAAGUUCGAGUAUCCGAUCGGGGAGAAAAUUGUCGUCAAAGAUGCCACUUCCGUCGACGAAGGGAAGCAAUGA